GCCGCUGGGGGUAUCAGAAGUGCAGGAUCCGUGUGGGGGCAUUCAGUUCAAUAAUUAUAUGAGACACUAUGGAGACCCCUGAAGGUACAACUGGAUGUUGGAGCCCAUCCCUUCCAUCCUUCUUGCUGGGGGUCACAGCAGCCUUCCUGGGCUAUUACUGGAUGUGUAUCUGUAAGAAACCCACCAUUGUGUCCUCCAAAACUCUCCGCUUGCUCUUGGAGCGAUAUUGCCCAGUUGCCAGUGAGAAGUUCUACCCAACCAUCUGGUGCUUUGAAGGGAGGAUGCAGACUGCACUGUGGAUCCACUUUGUACGCAAGCCCAUCAUGUCCUACAGAAAUGAAGUCAUUGCGGCCGAGGAUGGGGGGCAGCUCUCACUUGACUGGAAGGAUAAUGAGGAAAGCUCUCAGUUCCCUGAUGGGGCCACUCGUCCAAUUGCUAUUAUUCUGCCUGGUCUGAAUGGCAACAGCCAAAAAAUCUACAUACUGAACCUUGUGAAGACGGCCAUGGAGGCGGGAUACAGAGCUGUUGUGAUAAAUAAUCGUGGCUUUGGUGGAGAGCAAGUCCUGACUCCAAAGACCCUGUGCGUGGGCUACACCCUAGACAUGAGGACGGUGGUUUGUCAUUUGAGGAGGAUGUUUCCUGAAGCUCCCCUGGUGGCCGUUGGUUCAUCCUUAGGAGCGGUGAUCCUUCUCAAUUACUUGGCUGAUUAUGGUGCCUCCUCCCAUCUCCAAGCUGCCGUCUCCUUGUCUCCUCUGUGGAACUUGUUUCAGUCAGAUGUGUCUCUGUCAGAACCCCUCAAUCAUUGGCUGCUCCACAAGACCAUCAUUCAGGGGGUAAAGAAGACAAUGAGGAGAUAUUGCUCGGUCAUUUCCCAGAAGGUGGAUGUAGAUCAUGUCCUUGAGGCGCAGACUCUCAGGGAAUACGAUGAGCGCUACACCGCACCCGCCUACGACUACCAGUCCUGUGAUGAAUAUUAUCAUAAAGCAAGUCCAGACCAUCGACUCGGGGAGAUUCGGACCCCUGUGCUCUGUCUCUGCUCACUGGACGAUCCCUUCUCCCCCAGCAAUGCAAUUCCAUUGGCUGAGGUGUCGGCCAAUCCCUGUGUUGCUCUGCUAAUCACCACCCAUGGGGGACACAUUGGUUUUCUGGAAGAUCUGAUCCCAAACCACCAGCGUUACAUGGACCGGGUCUUCCGACAGUUUGUGGUGGCAGUUUUGAAGCAGUGGGAGGAGCUGAAGAUGAGAGAGAGUUAAUGGGUGUCAUUUAUACGGCAAUUGCAGAGAAACAACCUCUAAGUAACUCAGGGGGCAGAUUCACUCCAUUCAGGGGCCCCAGGAAGAGCAGAAGCCAAGGGCCCGCACUGCGGGAAUAUUAAACUUUGUGCCACCGAGUCUCCAGGUUCUGCUCCUUCAUGGAACCCAAUGGUCCUAUCAACAAACCCCCUGCAGAGGGGAUAUCAUGGGAUGUGGGGGGGGCAGCCCCUCUUUACCCCUUUGGGCCCCUGGAGUGAUUGAUAGGUCCAGACUCAAGUUCUGAGAGAUUUCGUCCUCAUUUCUACUUGAUCCCUGGGAAGGUGAAAGGUUCCCUCUGAAACCUGAUUGGACAGAGAUCAAGCGGAAAUGUUUGCGCCCCAUUGCGCCCCCUGCAGGGAUUGUGUGAGACUUGACUCAGUUUAUUUGUAUUGUCCUAGAAUUAUAGAAAUAACUCCGCACCCAAGAGCUAACAGUCUAAAUAGCAAAAUAACUGGCUGCUGCCAUGCUAAUUCCAGGUGCCAUUGAAGAAGGGGAUGAUGGGUAAGAAGAAAGGGAAAGUUGCAGCAUGUCUGUAGUGUCAGUGGGAGGAAUUGCCCCUCAAAUAACUGUCACCUCUGGGGGGGCAGUUAGGGCCAGUUGGGGUGUAAGUGCACAAUUAAUAUCUCUAUUCGUUUCUAAUAAAGGAAUUGCCAGUGUUAAA